AUGAUAGGCAAACUACCGUUAGAAAUCCAGGUUCAAUUGAUAACGCUUGAGCCGUCAAGCGCUUUGAAGCAUGUUAGUUCACAUUUUUACAUGCUUUACAAUGACAUGUACUACGAGAAGAUUGUUCGUACAUUUGGAGAGAGCAUAAUGGAUAUUAUUAUUAAAGUGUUGCCGUGGUUGAAGGUUUAUAUUAAGACAUUAGAUUCGUUCAGAAACGUGGCCAGAAAUAUAAUAGCGUCUCGUUUGGAAUUGGAGGAUAUAACAAUCGAGAAAGCUCUUGACGAUAACCCAUUACAUUGCAUGUACAUUAAAGACUCCUGGAAGUACGUCUACUCGCUUUUGAAAAACAAGAGAUUGUUUGCUGAGUACAAAGAUUACAAGAUUGACGAGCCCACGAACUAUGUGUUCAAUCAUUUUGUGGAAGUCAAUAGGACGUACUUGCUCUCUUAUACUAAAAGCAUGUGGUUAUCUCCGGGAACUUAUAAUUUGAACAUAGGUCUAAUCCUUAAGCAUGGGAGUGGUCUCGGCACCACAAAAUUUGAGGUGAAGUACAACGAUGAGGAUGGAAACCCGGUUCUCCAGACAUUCUACCCUCCUACAAACAUCAACAAUAUUUUGCCCAAGAAGCAAUUUUGCCUCAUGAAGCUAGGUGAGAUUGUCAUCCCAGAAGCUAACGAUGUUAACGAGCAUAAUAAAACCAGAAAAGUCCAGGUUGUCAUGGAGGAGAUUGGUCUAUACCUAAAGUCUGGGUUCCGCAUUUUUUUUAUUGAUAUUUGCCAGCCAUCAAUGCUAUUUAAUGAUUACGAUUUACUUUAUUAUACGAUCAAGGAAACUGAUUACAGAUACUUCAUCAAUAUUCCGUUAAAAAAUUUUUAUAAGGCAUUGAACUAUGUUCAGAAUGGUGGUGCUCUGGAGAAACUAGAAACAAAGCAACAGUACGGUUUGGCAGAUCCUUAUUCCAUAUGGGAUCAAUACGACAAGGAGUUUUUGCAUGGAUAUCAUUUCAAUUCCGACAGUAGUGCAGCUAUGGAAGCAAUUAAUAAUAGUGAUGCCAAUAAGGAUGAUCAAAUUGAAUUUGAAGACCUUACGAAGUAUGCUGAUUUCUAUUUUAACAACCGCUUCAAAAAGCGUUUGUUUAAGUUCAAUACUGUAUACCAACGAAGACAAUUCAUUAACAGAUUUGGAGAUUUUGAGAUGGACUGGCAUGAAUGUGAUGAAGACGAAGAAUUGGCAACUAAGGAAAAGGAUAGCAAGAAUAAGAGAGUAUGUGCUUAUGAUAGGGAAGGCUUGAAGUGGAAGAUUCCAAUAAUUGGUGAGCUAUAG